AUGAUCAAUGGCACUCUGAAGGAAGACAUCUCUUCAAACGCAACCGUCCGCGUCCAUCUCGCCAAAAAUGGAAGCAAGUACGAGCCCCUCGACUUCAAAUGGAACUUCUGCCAUCCACUCGAAGAAGUCAGGCAAGAAGACGGCCCUCGAUGUCCUCCAAAGAAAGGCGGCGUCGAGAUUACGGCGCACGCUUUCGUGUGGUUCGUUUCGGAAGGCAACGUUCUAGAGACUACGAUUGAGGCUUUGACGCCGGGGAAUGAGACGAUUGCUUGUCUCUAUGGAGAGUUGGACGUGGUGAGAUGA